AUGAUUGGGGGGCCGGCUGCCGCGGGCUCAACGGCGACGACACGUGAUCGUGAGCGCGUGCAGCGCGCGUGGGCAUUGGCGUGGUGGCUCGCCGUCCUUGUCGCGCCCGUCGCAAUGGUGAAGGCCGUGCCUCUCGAAGCGACUCAAGUGGAAUUCCUGCAGGAGUGCCAGGCAGCAUGGGGGCGGAGCAUCUCCGGGUGGAGUGGUGAGAGUCCGGACUGCAGCAGUGCCACAGGCCUCGCGUGCGAUCCCUCCGGCAUGAUCGUGAUCAUGUUAUGA